AUGAAGGACUAUGAACAAUAUACUUGCAAUGGAUCUGUUGAUAUCAGAGGCAACCGAGCGUCCAAAAGGCAUACGGGAAACUGGAGAGCCUGCUACUCAAUUCUUGGGGGUGAAUUUUGUGGCGCUAUGGCAUACUACGGAGUUGGGACAAACCUGGUGAGCUACCUGACCAAGGUGCAGAAGCAAAGCAAUGUCGCUGCAGCCGGCAACAUCGCUUUCUGGCAGGGCACGUGCUACCUGACUCCCCUUCUCGGAGCUUUCUUGGCAGAUUCAUAUCUGGGAAGGCACAGAACAAUCGUGGUGUCCCUCGUGAUAUUUACCAUGGGAAUGCUCCUAUUGACACUUUCAGCAAUCGUUCCAGGAAGCAUUCGUGUAGUGGUGAACUCUCACUCUCAGGAUGCCUUGUCUUCUCUGGGCCUCUUCCUGACAGCUCUGGGCUUAGGUGGAAUCUGGCCAUGUGUUCCCACAUUCGGAGCCGAUCAGUUCGACGAUACCGACGCGCUCGAGAAGGAGCAGAAGAAGCUCUACUACAACUGGUACUACUUUGCUGUGAACGGAGGUUUCUUCUUCGCCAGCACGGUCCUCGUGUGGGUUCAGGACAACCAUGGCUGGGGUUUGGGUUUUGGCAUCCCUACUGUGGUUUCCGCGGUUGGAAUUGCUGGAUUCCUUGCCUGUAUGAAGCUGUACAGGUAUCAGAAACCCGGAGGCAGCGCGCUGACUAGGACUUGCCAGGUUGUGGUGGCGGCCACCCGCAAGGUGAACGUAGAUGUGCCGACGGACAGCUCUCUUCUGUAUGAGAUGCCGCCGGGGAAGGAGUCGGCCAUUGUCGGGAGCCGGAAGCUGAUGCACACUGAUGGACUAAAGUUCUUUGAUCGAGCUGCCACCAUUUCCUCCCCUGACGAAACAUCGUCUGCUGAUGUGCCUAGUCCAUGGAAGCUUUGUACAGUUACACAGGUGGAGGAGCUGAAGAUCUUGGCAAGAAUGUUGCCUGUCCUACUAGCUGGCAUAAUUUUCAACAUGGCUGAAGCUUUCUUCCCGCUUUUCAUUGAACAAGGACAAGUCAUGAACAACUACAUAUACGGCUUUUCAAUUCCUCCAGGGUCUUUGACGACCUUCAACUGCCUCUGUAUCCUCAUCCUGGCCCCUUGUUACAACAAGGUUAUCAUGCCAAUGCUGAGCAUGAUCACUGGCAUGAAGAGAGGCUUGUCUGAACUGCAACGCAUCGGUGUCGGUCUGGUUUUCGCUGUGCUUUCUUUGGUUUCAGCUGCGCUGGUUGAGAUGGCGCGCCUUAAAAUCGUGGACGAAAGGGGCCUAGUGCACCGUAAUACUGCAGCCCCAAUGAAUAUCCUGUGGCAGGCACCACAGUACUUCUUCGUUGGUGUAGCAAAAGUGUUCACCGUUGUUGGUUUCAUCGAGUUUGCGUAUGAGCAGUCGCCUGAUGCUAUGAGAAGUUUGUGUCAGGCUUGCUCUCUCAUCAUGAUCACCCUUGGAAGCUACCUUGUCUCCGUGAUGUUAAAGUUCAUGGAUUCAGCAACAGUGGGAUUGGGAAGAGGGCGACAUGGCUGGAUCCCUGAUAAUCUCAAUGAAGGUCGUCUUGAUCGUUUAUUCUGGUUGAUGGCAGGAUUACAGCUUCUGAACCUUCUUACGUUUGCAUAUUGUGCCACGAGGUACAAGCGCAAACUAGCCACUACUUGA